AUAUUCACAGUAGUAAAGGGUAGGUGGGCGGGGCAUAUGUUAAAACAAAAGGUGUGCCUCAAGUCAAAAUGACCAAAUGAGGUGUCCACCCCGAGACGAAAGGGUGACGUCACUUUCCGAGGGCGGGGUCGUGUCGGUAGACUGGCACAUCAUCAUCAUGCAGGAUACAUUGUUGCGGCUGCAAUGAUGUACGAGGACGAAUAAGAAGAGGCGCUGCAGGUACAGCGAGAGAUUAUUCUAUUUCACACGUUUCCCCAUAAACCCUGUUUCUCCCAUAAUGUCGGGCGGGGAUCUUCGCGUUCUUCGCCAAGAGCCAGGGCAGGAGAGCCCGAGGAUGCCGGCCUGGAAACGCGAGAUCCUUGAGCGGAGAAAGGCGAAGGGCGGCGGGUCCGGAGCAGGUGCCGAGUCCGUCUCAUCUCGACUUAACGGCGAGGUAACGGCCAGCAAAAGCAAGGAUGAUAUUACCAGCGCACAUUCUAGCAGGAACUAUACCAUUACUGCUGCCAAGCGCGCGACCAAAAGCCCGGAUCUGUCACCGGUGAAAACAAAAGAGCAUUGGCCAUCCACGGACUCGUACGACUUGGAGGAGAGAACAGCAAGAGACAGCGGAGGGCAAGAGAGCUUGGUGCUGCAGGAGAGCUUGGGUCCUCUGCAGGAAAACCCAUUCAUUAAACUGGAGAAAGAACGCAAGAAGCGUCAGAGCCAAGAGAACGCCGCGCGACCCGUUCAGCACAUCCUCGAGUUAUAUGGCAGCGUUCCCGGGAUACGGACUAUACGCGCUGAGAAUAUCAUCAUCAUUGAAUCCGACCCUGAGUAUUUUCCGGAAGGAUGUGGUUUGAAGCACGCAUCGAAACUGCAGCAGAACGGCACGGUGAGUGGAUAUAGCUCUCUCAAUGACCUUUUGGAUCGAAGAGGUAGUCCGGUUACGGAGAUACGCGCGAAGGAAGUAGUAAUUUACGAUACUGCGCUUAGUAAAAGCGAGGAAAACCUCAGCACGCUGGGACGACCGGCUUCCGCUCCGCCAGAGGGGCAAGGGAGGGUGAGUCGCAUGCUACAGAAAUUUGACAGGAAUUAUGGCAAGUUGCAGCCCAAAUCGCGCAGCACAGAAAACCUCCUGGACUUGGACCCUACUCCUGUCAGGCCAAGCUCCAGACCCAAGCCAGAUGUGGUGCCAAAAUGCCCAGUGUCUCCGCAACCCGGCUCUCCACGCAGCAAAGUCUUCCAAAACGCCCAGUCUACCGUAGUCAAUCAUCUUGCCUCUCCUUGUGACUCAGGGAGCAGUACGCCUGUUUCCGGAUCCCCUCAGUUAGUGUCUUCUGCACGUAGACGUUUUGAGGGGAGUGGGGGACGAAGUGUCACUGUGCAUCCCAAGGAGGACGCUGAGAUGUCCCCGUCCAAGCCUGUUAGAGAACGGGACUGGGACAGCACAGAUGGGGCCUCCAAAGCCAAGGUGCCAUGCUCCCCAGAGAGCCACCGUGCCCGUGCCGACUGUACUCCUAGCCCCACGUCACCCCCCUUAUCGCCCAGCUUUGAGAUCCGUCCUUCCCCUCGGCCGGAUCUUUCUCUCCUUCCGGCCGGUGAUCUACAGGCCCGUGCGCUCGCCAACUUGCGUCUUCAGUCUCGCAAUUCCUUCACCGUCAUUCCCAAGAGUCGUGCGGCCAUCUCGUCACCUGGCAGCACCGCCCCGUCCAGCCCUGUCCUUUCCCCCCCAUCCCCACGACCCCUGGUGGGUGUGGCAACUUCAGAGCCCGCUGUGCCAACCCCCUCACCUACUUCUUUCACACCCUUCGGACCAAAGCUUACAGAGAAGGUGACCAUAGAAGCCAAAAUAGGGUCUCCGCAGCACACCCCACCUGCCACACCAACCUCCCCAACCCCAGCUUCUCCACCCUCAAUUGGCUCACCUGUCAAAUCAGUCUCACCUCCGGAGGAACCUCCAGCUGAUAAGCUGCCCAUCACGAACAUUGAUGACGUAGUCGUGGAGCCCAUGCCGCCCAUCCUGAGCCCUGCAGUGCAGAGGCGCAAAGGGAAUACAUUUACAGUUGUUCCAAAACGGAGGCCCGAGGCCCAGACUGACCCUUCUGAGACCCCGGAGGUUGUCACUGAAUCUCCGAGCACACCACAAGCCCCUUAUGCCCAUCUGGGCACCCUGAUUAAAAAGCGUUACCCUGCUGCAGAAGAGAUAGAGGUCAUUGGGGGCUACCUUUCCCUUGGGCGAUCUUGCCUCUCGAAGACUGGCUCAACAGGAAAAAAGUUAAAAAUAUCCUUCAACGAGUCCAGCCUACAGAGCACAUUUGAAUACCCAUCCGAGAACAGCGUGUGGGACAGCGGAGAGGAAGAGGAGGAAGGAGAGGAAAAAAGAGGAGAAGAUGAUGGAGGGGUCAUUCCAGGGAGGAUAAGCAUUCCUCGUGCCAGCUACACCAGCUCACCCACUCUCUCCAACAACACCACGGAUCUGUCCAAUUAUACACCCAAACACUCAGUGGAGUUUAACGCCUGGCAAGAACACAAGCUCGAUGAGUCUGCUCACCGGGGGGAAGAUACUUCAGAGAGUACAGAGGAGGUCAUGCUGACACCUGCUGAUAGCUCCUCUCUGUCAGACUUCAGCAGUGAACCAGCCCUCUACUUCUAAACCUUCCAGACGUCGGGAAGAUACGGGACCAACCACUGCCUGCCAGCACCAGCCUGGACGCAAAGAAACAACUUCCAGAACAAUGGGACCAGUAGCAACCAGCACGUAAACGUACAUUUCGUAUUCUGUGGCCGUACGCCAUCAGCGUCGACAGCAGGACUUUCCUCAUCGCUGAUCCACGUAGCGGAUGUGUCGCACACAUCUGACUUCCUGUUGCCACCGAUUGUGAUUGUGAUGGACUCUGUUAACAUGCAAAAUGGCUUGAAUAGCCAUUCCGCUCUUGAAUUUCACUCUUCCGUCACAUACUUGCUCUACGUAUGUAAUACUCACCUCAUGAAAGUGACCAAAUUUCUAAAAGAGGGAAAGACUGUCCUUCAAACAGAGAAGGAAACUUGAGUGUGUGUAACAGGACUCGAAAAAGAGGACAAUAAGAGGGUGAAGCAACAAAAAAUGAAAUAAGUGACUUGUUUAUGUAUGACUGGUGAAAGGGUGCCACAAUCCUUGUUCUUUGUGAUGUUUUUGUAUGUGCAUGUGUAGGUCUGUAUUGACUCCCAAACUAUAGAAUUCGUCCACUUUAGUUUCAUGUUUCCUUUUGUAUGUCUGUGUUUCAAGGUAGACAUUUCUGAUGCACAGGCCGAUAUACUAUACAGCUGAUAUACUAACAACAUGUUAGUGUUGACUUAGUGAUUCUAGAUCAGUUUCUUUUAAGAGCAGCUCUUAAUUGGUGACCUGAGUGAGCUGGUAAGUAGCAUUCAUUUUGUUUUGCUUUUUCAUGGUAAAAGAAUUGAUUGAUUACACAAAUAUACACAAAAAACUCAUGAUUUGGAUCACAAACGCAGUCAUAAAUUCAGGUCAAUCUUGUGAAGACAGGCCCAGGUUACAUUUGACCCCAAAAUAAAAAUUAAAAAAAAAUUAAAAAAGUCAAACAUAUUAAAAUGAUGCCUGUUUUUAGGACCAUCGUUGUGACAUUAUUUCCAUGACAUUUACGCACAUUUUCCUCCUAAAUUCUCUUUACCGUAAUACGUUUUUUAUUAUUAUUAUUAUUAUUAUUCUCAAUGGUGAUCAUAAUUAAGUAUUUUUACUGCAUUACAGUAAAAAAACACUGCAAUAUAUCAUUGAAAUAUUUUUUUUUUAUUGUAUUAUUAAAUGUUCACGUAACGGUAAUGACAAUUUCGGUGGGACUGGAUAUACCUAAUUAUAUGUAUCUUUUUAUUUUUUUAUUUUUUUUUCAUUUUGGGAUGAAAUAUGACCUGGAAAUGUUCUUGACAGGUUUCAUGAGAUUUAUGAUCUGACAAUUUGAAGUGGCAUUGACCUACAGUUUUAAUAUGCCAUUUUAAGCACAUUGUUACCAACUAAUGUAUCAGUUUAUCAAAAAUCAUGCUUAAGUUUAUAUCCAUGUGUUCUGAACUGGACAUUCUUGCAGUACAAAUGGGAGCGGUCAGUUUUAGUCAUGAAGGAAACAUUAUUUUGUGGGUUUGUGAGUGGACACGCUGUAAGAAUGGGCCACGUGUGUGUGCGAAACAUGAAGACUACAUACACACAAUGCCAACUGACUUGAGUGUGUCAUGUCUGUUAAAUGGCUUUGGCGAAUCAGCUCACGCGUCUCCUCAGCCUUUCCGACCAGUAUUGAUGUAUAGUUUGUACACUCCAGGAUGAGGUUUUCAUAAUUUAUUUAAUCACUUUUACCACUUUUUCAUAUUUUUAGUCAAAGGGGCAAACUGAGGUGCUUCAGGAUAAUUCUUUUGAUAAUUUGACAUCAUGUACAAAAUGACAUUAGUGUUGAUAAGACAGCUUACAUCUUAGUCCUAUGCUUUUGUAUUCAUUCAUUUGCACUGUCUUUGUUUUUGCUUUAUUUUGCACCUGAUGCAGUCAAGUUUUGAGAGCCAGAAGCUUCUCUCUUGGUUGGAAUAAUGCCUUUUAGGAAUCUAAAAUCACUUUCAUAUUAUAAUUUAUUUCAUAAAAAUUUUAAUCUGUGUCCACUGGAUCAUAACAUUGACUACAAACAACUAAACACUAUCGUUCAAACGUUAGGGGGUCAAUACGAUUUUCAAAGAAUAUAAAAUUUUUAUUCAGCAAGGAUGCAUCAAAUUGAUCAGAAGUAAUAAGGACUUGUACAUUGUUACAAAAAAAUUAUAUUUCGAAUAAAUGCUGCUCUUUUGAACUUUCUAUUCAUCAAAGAAUCCCGAAAGAGUAUCACGGUUUCCACACUUUUUUUUUUUUUUUUAUAUUGAAAAGUAGAAGUUUUAGUUGAGCAUCAAAUCUGCAUAUUAGAAAGAUUUCUAAAGGAUCAUGUGACACUGAAGACUGGAAUAAUGGCUGCUGAAAAUUUUGCUUUGCCAUCACAGGAAUAAAUUACAUUUUAAAAUAUAUUAAAAUAGAAA